CCUUGAUUUCUUGUCUGUCAGUGGUUCAGUCCACAUGGAGAAGAGAGCCUUAACAUUCCUUCUAACUGAUUAAUCACACGUCCUAAGAAUUUUUGCUCUCUUUAGAGUGCUUGAUAAUCCCUUGAAAACAGACUCUUUUUUUUUAACUGUCUGUAGGAUUUUUCUGGUUUUUUUUAUGAAACUGGACUGGGUCAGGAGAAGAAGAGCAAGGAGACGUCUCACCUUUUAGCCACAGGACGCCAAGGAUUUCCAUUACUUUUCUUAUUUGGUUCUUCCCACCUUUCACAAAUUUUCUUGAAGCUGCAGAAAUAUAAUAUAAAGAGAUUUUGUCUGUUAAACUAUGAUCUUUUCCAUGGUGCCUUUUAAAGUUUCUUUAGCCAAGCAGCAGACAUAUGUGUCCCCCUACAACCAUCAGAUGGCUCCUCCAAGCCCCAACAACAACAACAAUAGCAGCAACACCACCUCCAUCAGCAAUGGCAGCAGUUGCAAUGGGGGAGAGCAGCUGAGCAAAACCAACCUCUACAUCCGUGGCCUCCAUCCAGGAACCACAGACCAGGAUCUGGUAAAACUCUGUCAGCCGUAUGGGAAAAUAGUGUCCACCAAGGCCAUCCUGGACAAGACCACCAACAAGUGCAAAGGCUAUGGCUUUGUUGACUUUGACAGUCCGUCCUCAGCUCAGAAGGCGGUGACAGCGCUUAAGGCUGGUGGAGUGCAGGCUCAGAUGGCCAAGCAACAGGAGCAGGACCCCACCAACUUAUACAUCUCCAAUCUGCCAAUGUCCAUGGACGAGCAGGAGCUGGAGAGCAUGCUGAAGCCCUUCAGCCAGGCCAUUUCCACACGCAUCCUGCGUGAUACUAACGGAACCAGCCGAGGAGUGGGCUUUGCCAGGAUGGAGUCAACAGAGAAAUGUGAAGCCAUCAUCCAACAUUUCAAUGGAAAAUAUAUCAAGACUCCACCUGGAGUUCCAGUGCCGCCAGAACCCCUGCUGUGUAAAUUUGCUGACGGAGGCCAGAAGAAGCGCCAGAGCCAAGGAAAAUAUCUGCAGAACGGCCGGCCCUGGACGAGAGAUGGGGAGACGGGAGGAAUGACGCUUACCUAUGACCCCACCACAGCCUUACAGAAUGGGUUCUACUCCUCUCCCUACAGCAUCGCCCCCAACCGUAUGAUGGGGCCAACCUCCCUCUCCCCGUACAUGCAUUCACCUGUGUCCACCUACCAGGUACACAACCCAUCCUGGCUCCAUCAUCAGUCGUACAUCAUGCCGCCCACAGGAGCAGUCCUGACGCCAGGAAUGGACCACACCAUGUCCAUCCAGCCGACCUCCAUGAUGGGGCCCCUGACACAGCAGCUCAGCCACCUCUCCAUGGGCGGCAGCGGCACAUAUAUGCCUGCAAACACAUCUAUUCAGGGGACCUACAUCCCCCAGUACACCCAAGUGCCUUCCACCAACAUCUCAGUUGAGGAAAGUGCCGUCCAACCACCUGUUGCCAUAGAGACACCCACAGAACACACAACCUACACCUACCAGCAUAACAAGUGACGAGAUCUUCCUCUGGAGCCGGAGUGACUCUCAAAGGGCCCCAAGUGCUGAAACUCGGCACAGCGACUCUGCACGUAAGGCACCAGACACCCGGGAGGAACACGGACUGUUACACAGAAAGGACAAAAAAAAGAUAUUUUCUACAAACUCAUAUUUUAAAACAAACUCUUUUACUCCAAACAAGCAAGGAUGGAGGAAAUGAGAAUGGGAAGAACAGAACAAGGAGCAUCUAUUUUGAUAACAGUCAAGAAAAAAAAGAAAAAAACACACACAGACACACACUACAUAAAAGGUUUUUUGAACGUUAUUCAUAUUCUUUUUGUAAUAUUACUCUGGAGAGCUAGAAUGAAACCAGUAGAAGAACAUCUCAACACCAUGUUUUAUUUUGAGUCAUUCUUUGUUUUGACCUUUUUGUAAGAUAUGCUGAUUUUACUUUACUUUUUUUGUCUGAUACUUUCAGGCGUUGAACCUGCCUUUGUGUACAUAAUUCUUUGUUUUGGUGUGUUUCUAGCUUCAUGUGUCCUAGUUUGAGUGAGUGGUGCAAAUAUUUGAAUACAGUAGUCCUAAAAAAGAAAGAAAACUAUAUCAUUCAAAAAACCGACGCGUCAUAUUUUAGACGGAUAUGGUGCUGGCUUGGAUUAGCAUCUCCCGAAGUCGCAGCAAGUUGAUCAGGUAUAAAACCUUACAGUACAUGAGGCGGCAUCACUUCUUUUUGGCAAUUGACUCUCAAAUAAUUUAUAGUUCCAACAAAUCUCGACAAAGCUUUGGACAAUCAGAAGAUUACAAAGAAGAAGAAAAAUUUUGAAAUGAUUUCACAGAGAAGACUUCUUCAAAAGAGCUAAAUAGAUUUAAGGCAUUCCAGAGAUUAUUAUCAGAAAGUUCUAAAUAUUGGUUCACGUUAAGCUGCUCCACCUGAUAAAAUCCAAAGUUGCUUAACAGGGAUCACACAGAGCUGCCUGUAAAUAAGAGAUUUAAAUGUAUUUAGGGUUUCCUUUGAUUUCCUUUCAUCAGUGUAGUAAUGCUUCAUUUAUUUUAAUAACAAUAUUUUACCAAAUUGUCUGACUAUAGCAAUGUAGUAUGUAUUGCUGUUUUCGCUUUUUUCUUUGUUUCCCUUUUAUAAAAGGGGAAGCUGAAUUACAUCCAUACAUUUUCUGAAGCAAGAAUUAGAUGUUGUUAUUAGAGUGUGAAGUUCUUAUUACAUAGACAUAGAGAUCAACUGGUAAAGCGUGGCUCUGUCCUGUUAUAUCUACAGAAAACACUAUUGAGGUUUAUUAUAUGGAUUGUUAUGGCCAGUACGGAGAUGCUUUAAUGCUGGCAUUUGUUGUGUGUUUGCAUCUACUUCUGCAUUUCUGUUUUUCACCCUCAUGUUUGUUUGUUUUUUACAUUUGCUAUUUAAAGGUUUUUAAAAUUCAGUUUUAAUACUUUUAAGAUUGAUCCUAUUUUUCAAAGAAGUUUUGUUUUUAUUUUUGAUAGUGUGUUGUGUGCUUCAAAUAGUGAGAAAUAGAUGUUUUCAAUGUAUUUCUUUUGUUUGAAAUAGUGAUUUGUUUGUAUGUUUGCAUACUUCUCUCGUUCUGGUUUCAGUGUUGAUGUCAAAGAAGCUUUAAUGUGUUGUUUGUGUUUGUGUGUGUGUGUGUGUGUGUGUGUGUGUGUGUGUUUUUACAGACAUUUCAGUUCUGUCUGUGUCACAAAUGUUGGCACUUUGCAAACAUGACUCCUGAUCAUGGAUGAAUUAUGAAUGCUAGGUUCAGAUGCAUUGUUACAGAGUUGUGCCCCAAGCAGUUGGGAACAGUGUAAGAGAAAUAUAUGUUCAAAACCUCAACUUACCUCAUCUUGCCAGAGAAAUGUAGAUUCAGUUUGUGUACAAGGUUCACAGGCAAUAACCAACUACAGGAGGUCUCAUGGCUGUUCACAGCUGGUACUGUGUCCACAUCCUUUAACUCUUCCGUCCAAUGUUCGGAAAACAUGCCCAAGGUCUGACGAUCUAUGCAAUUAAUUUAUUAUCCUAAUAAAUGCAAUACUGCAGAUAUCCAAGAAACACCUUACAUGACAAUGGAUCACCUCACAAUAUGACUUCACAUUUUAGCUUACAAAGCUUUUAUCUUUCAUUUUACAUACGUUGAGAUUUGUUUGUUUUCUGACUGAUACAUUCAUUUUUGGUUCAUUAAUUGUUAGUAAAAUUGCUGCAUUAAAAGGGAACUAUUUCAUACCAAAA